AUGGGAGACAACAGAGGUAAAAAGCGGCCGGCUGAGGAGGCCUUCGCCGACGAUCUCGAGUUCGAUAGGAUCGCCCCAAACGGAGACGUUACCUUCGUGCUCGACGAGGGCAACACGAGAGUCCGGGUCAACUCCGCAGUCAUGAAGAACGCGUCGCCCGUGUUUGCCGCCAUGCUGGGCCCCAACUUUAAGGAAGGGCGUGUUCUCAGGGCAGGCGAUUGUGCAUCCGUCGAUGUCCCAUUGCCUGAGGACGACGCAGUCGUUUUCGGAUGGAUUCUCCGUGUGCUGUAUUCUCAGGCCGACACAAACCUCUGGUCCCCGAGCCCAAGGGAGAUUAUCCAGGUCUUGGACAUCGCCAAGAAGUACGACCUCCUGAAGGGAAUCCAGAUUUCUGUCCAAGUCUGGAUUGACCGGCAAGAGGAUCCUGACCCCGAUGACCUUUGGCUUCUGUUGCUUGCCUGCUGUCGAGCCCACGACGUGGAGGCCUUCAAAUCCACCACCCGCCGUCUCAUCAUCAAUCACUCAGGGUCGUUCGUCCAACUCGCAGCGGAAACAGAAAACAUCAUUCCCGGACCAGACGCAGGGCGUACCGUGUACAGACUUGCCGCAAUUGUUGAAAAGUCGCGGAACGAAACGCUCUCUGAAACACUCAAGGUUCUUCACACGGACCUACCCAAGGCCCUUGAAGAGUGCCGUUGUCAGCACCAUUCAAGCACUUUGCAAGCCGAGUACGGUCAAGCUCUUAAAGCUCAGAGUGACGCCGCCCAAUAUGGCCACUCCACCAAAAGCACCAUUGGCAUCUUAUUGGAGCUGUCACCUGUCUUCAUCCUGUCGCCCAACGUGAAUGCCUUAACGGUCCCCCACUUCAACCAAUCCGUUCAUGCUACCUCUUACAUCGCCCAGCUUCACGGCCUCUUAUUAAACAUGAGCACGCCUAGUCCCGCCCACAAGCGCAAGCGAGACGACGAUUCGCCAUCCGCGAGAAGUCUCGCCAGAGAGGAAGGGGUCUUGGAGCGCGUCGCUCCCCAUGGAGAUGUCAUCUUUGUCCUCGGUGGGGGAACCGACAAGGUCCAGGCUCAAUCGAGCAUCAUGAAAAGUGCCUCUCCUGUCUUCUCCGCCAUGCUGGCAGGUCAUUUCAGAGAAGGCCAGAUGCUCCAGGAUGCCACAGCUAGCGGGCAGCCAGUCGAGAUUCCUCUUCCUGGUGAUGAUUUCGAGGCUUUCAAGCUCAUUUGCAUUGCCAUCCAUCGCCAAGCCAGCACCACGCAGUACUGCCCAUCCGAAGAAGUACUCAUGCGAGUCCUCCAGAUCGCCGACAAGUACAAUCUUGUCGACUCGGUUUUCCUUUCCAUGGAAUUUUGGGCCAGAAAAUAUGUCCCCGAUCCAACUCUCAACCACUUUCUUCUCAUGAUCAUAUGCCACCAAAUCAAGUCCCAAGAGCUCUUUCAACUCUUCAGUCGAUCUCUCGUCCUCAACCAUGGGGGGUCAUUCAUGUCUCUCGCUGCUGAGAACGAGCAGCAUAUCUGCGACUCAGUUCCUCGUGGGACUAUCUACAAGCUAGCAUGCGCCCUUGAAGAAAUGCGAGCAACCAUGAUGCGGAGGAUUACAAAGUUCAUCAAUGCCGAACUGAUGGCCCGGUUCAAUAAUGGCCACUCGGAUAAUGAAAUGUCCUCGGACAUUCUACCAUACUAUCGACUGCUCAGAGGGGUGUUGGAUUCCUACUCGAGGAACCCCGGCCUACACAGCGUCGGCAACGACUACUCGAUCAGCGACCUGACCUCACAGAUCCUGAAAAUCGAAACUAGUUUUCCAGCGGAGCGCUCCUACAACAGAACUGCGCCAAAUGCCAUUCCAGUUUACAUGGCGUUACUGAGGCGGUUGCGCGGCUUGAAUGAGAACUUUGUCGGGUUGUGUCUCGACUGUCUUGAGGUCGACAAGUUGGACUUUGACUGUCGAGGAGUCCACAAGUAA